AUGGAUCACGGGAACCUUGCCACCAGCUUUGCACCUCUGAGUGACGUUGGAGCUGGCGGAGUGCAAUUGGAUCCCCUGCACUUGCUGCACUCUGAGAUCACAACCGUUACUUCUGCGCUCCGCAAGCAACUUCGGGUCGCCUCUUCAUCGUCUUUUCUCGGUAGCAGCAGCAACAGCUCUAGCACUGGCGCAGGUGCCAUUGCUCCAGGUACGACAUCAGCUUCUCUCACGAGGGCAGCGGUCGCAGCAGCGGUCGCAUCGCUUGAAGCGUCCACCUCGUCCGCUACAGACGGCGCGGCAUCGUCCAAUGGUCUCACUCCUGCAACAUCCCACUCUGCACGCUUGACCGCAAGUGCAGCUAGACCGAAUCAGAGCCUAGGCUCCGUCAUUCUCACGAGCCAGUCAGCCGCGUACGCCGGUGACCGCGACGAGAGCCUGCCAGGACUGCUCAAUGGCUUUACCGUGCUUCGUGCACAGCUGAGAGCGCAGCAAAGUGAGUCUCAAACCCCACGCCUCCGUCCAGUCGUUCUCCCUCUUGCUGAUCAUCUCUGCUCUCCCGCAGCACUAGGCGAUCUCCCCCUUCUCGUGCUUCUGGCCCCUUUCCUCCGAGUGAUUCUUUCCCCGCGCACAACUGGUCCGAUCACGUCAGCUGCUCUGCAAGCGGUGCAUCGCCUCCUGCUCUACCGCAUCAUCAAGCUGCCCGCCAACCACUUGGACAGCGCUUCGCAUUCCUCUUCCAGCUUCCGAGCCGCCCAAUCGGCCGUCGCUGAGAUCGCCCAUGCGGUCUCACACUGCCGAUUCGAAGCCAGUGAUGCUGCUGCUGACGAGCUGGUGCUGCUGCGCAUCCUCGCGGUCAUGCGUGAGCUUGUAUGCGGAGAUGCCAAUCGAGCUUCGGGAAACGAGCCGCUUGCGAAUAUUCUGGGUGACGAGAGCAUAUGCGAGAUGGUAGAGACAGGUUUGAGCAUGUGCUGCCAGACUCGACUUAGUGGUGAGUGCGAUUUCGGAAUCUCCUCGAGCUGCAACUGGGCACCCCACCUGAAACGUAUUCCCUUUGCAGACCUGCUACGCAAGACAGCAGAGCAGUCGAUGAUUGCCAUGGCUCGUACACUCUUCUCGCGCCUCCACGCCAUACCUACUACCGACGACGAGGCUUUUGCAGGAGACGAUGGCAUGUCACAAGUGGAGCCAGAGCACGCGACUCUUGCGGCAGAUCCUGUGGGAGAGGACAAGGCGGACGAUGAGAAGCGCAUGCGGCGCAUGACGAUGCCCGAUCCGAAGAGUGUUGCAGUACCUGCGGCCGCCGCGGCCACCUUGCAAGAGCUCAAAGCGAUCGGCGAGGCGGAAGCCGAUGAGGAGGCAGAAGAGGAAGAAGAGGGUGGCAAAGCGAAGGGCGAUGCGGCGCUGCCCUCUGAUGCUCUGGCAGGCCACGAGGCACAAGAUUCGCCCAACUAUGUCGCGGGCGAAGCGCACCCAACGUCCGCUGACCUUGCCAACUCAGACCAGAUGGACAUGCUCGGUCAGGUAGAGCCUUAUGGUCUCCCGGCUAUCAAAGAGGUCCUGCGUGUCAUCAUCUCCCUGCUGGAUCCUCACAACGCUCAGCACACAGAUACCAUGCGCCUUCUCGGCCUCUCGAUGCUCUGUUCCAUCUUCGAGGUCUCGGCCAACUCUAUCGCGAGGUUCCCUACCCUGCGAGCUAGCGUGCAGGACUCCGCUUGCAAGUACCUCUUCCAGCUCACCCGUUCUGAUCACCCGAUUGUUCUCACGCUGUCUUUGCGGGCCAUCGCCAUCAUCUUCGAGACGAUGCGAGAACAAGUGAAGUUGCAGUCAGAAUAUCUGUUGGAUUACCUGCUCGACCGACUUGCGCCCGCUUUUCCACUUGCUCUGGAGCCUUGGAGCGAUGAAGCUCUUCCCAGCCUAUCCAACAAAGCGAGCCACCCUGGGGCGGGCCGCGCUUCAUCGGGGAAAGAGGCACGUGAUGGCAAGCAGCUUGCGGUUCCUCCACCGCCACCACCCCCGCCCCAACCACGGACAUCAGAGCGCGCACCGGCUACAGGUGAGGCGCGCGAGCUGCUGCUAGAGACCCUGGGACUCAUUUGUCGAACGCACAGGCCCGACUCGCAAGCUUCGGACAGUGAUAUUGCUGUCGAGCUCUGGGCCAAUUUUGACUGCGACGUCGAUUGCGAAAACCUGUACGAACAUCUCAUACGCUUUUUGUGCCGCGCCAUCUACGCCUCAAAUCCUCUGCACCCUACUUCGGAAGACAGCACGCAGCUCUUUGCCCUCGAUCUACUUCUUACGCUUGUUUCCCACAUGUCUGCUAGACAGGAAGCGCUCAUAGAUGGCUCUUCGCCCCACUCAGAGUCGCACCGCAGCCCGAGUGUUGACGUGCAAGCACUUAGCGACAGCAAGAUCCAGAAAGCCGAGCUGCUAGCAGGCGCUGCGCGUUUCAAUGCGAAGCCCAAGGACGGUCUGACUUUCCUGCAGGCCCAAGGCCUCAUCGAUACGAGCGGGCGAGAUGGCCUCAGCAAAGCAGAGAGCAUCGCAAGAUUUCUGAAGACCUGUCCAAGACUCGACAAAAAGCUCCUCGGAGACUACAUUUCUCGUCCUGACAACAUUGAAGUCCUGGAGGCUUUCAUCGGCCUGUUCGAUUUCAGGGACAAGCCUGUCGCAGACGCGAUGCGCGAGAUGCUCGAAACAUUCCGUUUGCCCGGCGAGUCGCAGCAGAUCAAUCGUAUCACCGAGACAUUCGCCAAAUUCUACUUUGCCGCUGGUCCUCCUGAGAUUCGCAGCGAGGAUGCGGUAUACGUCCUAGCAUAUUCCAUCAUCAUGCUCAACACUGAUCUUCACAGUCCGCAGAAUAGGUCGCGCAUGACGGCCGAGGACUACCGGCGAAAUCUGCGAGGCGUCAACGAUGGCAAAGAUUUCGACAUUGAGUACCUUGGGACGAUUUACGAUAGCAUCCGCAAAAGAGAGAUUGUCAUGCCUGAAGAGCACGUUGGACAGCUAGGGUUUGAUUACACAUGGAAGGAGAUCCUUAGAAGGGCACGCACUGCGGGACGUCUCGUAUCGCCCGUCACUUCAGCUUUCGACAAGGCAAUGUUCACAGCUACCUGGCGCCCGAUUGUCGCAAGCAUAGCUCACGCUUUCUCCUCCUUCCACGACGAACUUUUGCUCGAGAGAGCCAUUAGCGGCUUCAGACAAUGCGCUGUCUUGGCGGGCACUUUCGACAUGGGCGAGCUCUUCGACUUCAUGCUGCAAGGACUAGCCAGUGCUUCGGGUCUACUGGAUGGCCAGGUUCCUGGAGGAGGCGCGUUGACCAACAAUGCGGAGGUGGAAGUGGAUGGGCAAGCGAUCACUGUCUCUCCCUUGUCGGUUCGAUUUGGAGCCAACUUCAAGGGUCAGCUUGCCGCAGUCGUUCUCUUCACGAUAGCGCAAGGCAACGCCGUGAAUGUUCGGACAGGAUGGUCGCCUAUCUUCGAAAUGCUCAAAAAUAUGUUCGUGUCCUCGCUUCUGCCCCCUUCGAUGUCUCAAAUGCAGGACUUUGCAUGGCCCGACGAUGUGGACGCCGGGACGCAUAGCGUCCCCAUACCCUUGAAACCGAGGAAACCAUUGGGGCCCUCACCCCAGGACCCGAGGGCGCAGGGAGGCGGUUUAUUCAGCACUCUUUCUUCGUACCUACUCUCACCAUAUUCCUCGGCUCAAGAGCCAGCAGCACCCGACGUCACAGCUGAAGACGUGGAAUCAAGCCUUUGUACGCUCGACUGCAUCGCAAGCUGCCGCAUCGACGAGCUGUGGGCACAGGUAUUGCGGCUGGCUGGACCAAGUCUAUUGCCAGCGCUGCACGCCUUACGCGACUUGGCCGACAAGACAAGUAUCGAUCAAUUGCGCGCAGCAAGCGCGGAUCCUCUGCGCAGAGUGCAGGAUACAGAUCAAAGCAGCUCAGGCCGUUCGACACCUACAUCUCACAUCGCUAGUGCAGGCUCCACAAUGCGCCGUCAACUAGCUUACGAACCUGCGUCCGUCUUUGUGCUGGAAAUUCUCACAACUACCGCGUGCUCUGCAGAUGAUCAGGCGAUGCAAGAAGCUUGGAAUAUUGCCUCUGGGCAUAUCUCUGUCUUGCUGCAGGCGCCUCUCUCCCACCAUCCCAUGCUGAUUGAGCGCGCUGUGGUCUCGCUCUUGAGACUCAUCGAGAGAGUGUCUCCGCUGGCCGAAGGAGCCUUGAGGGAUCAAAUCUUUGUUACACUAGACUCUCUCCGCUCGAUACCGCAGGAGCUCCGUCAAGCAGUCAGCUCGCAGUUGAUUGCCGGGCUAGCGCAAGUCCUGCGCAGCGAUCCCGGCUUUGCCCGGUCACAAACCGAGUGGAGUCUCGUCCUUAGCCUGGUCACAGAUCAAGGAGCGACUCGAAAUGCGCGCUCUGCAAGGAGGUCAAUAAGUAUCAUUCGUCAAAUUGCCGAGGAGCGUUUGAUGAACGAUAAUUUUGAAACUGUCAUUCACAUGCUGCAAGACUUCGCCUUGAAUGCCGACUGCACUGGCUGGCGUGCGGAAGAAGCUCGCAGUGGACAACGGCGCACAUUGACGGAGAAAAAGGAGCUCGCCGAGUACGAAACCGCAUGCCAAGAGCGCGGACUGGAAGCGAUUGAGGUAUUGGCGAGCGUCAGGACAUCGGUUUCUCGGCUUCUUCGGACCUCUCGCCUCCCGCCAUCCGAGGCGUGGUGUUCUACGUGGAUCACUCUGAUGCUAUCACUGGCUGCACAGUGUGUCAAUGGACACCGACCUGCAAGACAAGCAGCCUUGACGCAUUUGCAACGAACAGUGCUGGCUGAAGAAGUGUUGCAUGACGCGGAUCCAGCCGAGCUUCCUCUUGCGCAGAUAUUUACAAUCGUCCUCUUUCCCACCCUUGAAGAGCUGCUGAAGCCUGCCAUCUACAAGAAGGACCCGGACCUCGGACCAGGAGGGAUGCAGGAAACGCGGAUGCGUGCAUGCGCCCUCACCUGCAAAGCUUUUCUGCACUAUCUCGGUGCGCUGGCCUCAGCUGGUAUUGAUGAAGGCUUCCAGCAAUUAUGGCUGCAGUUGCUCGAUUUGCUGGACCGCUUCAUGCAUGCCAGUAAGAAAGACCAAUUGGUGAGUGGUUGCUCGCUGACUGCAAAGAUGCCAUUGCACAAAAGACUUGCUCAUUCUGACAACGACUUGUCGAUGUGAUCCAGACGGAGGCCAUUCCCGAAAAUUUGAAGAACGCUCUGCUCGUGAUGCAAGCAUCUGAUUUGCUCGUGCGCCCUGCGGAUGCCAACACCGCGGACGCGCGCACCCCUCAACAGAGCGCUUUGUGGACAUUGACCGCGGAUAGGCUUGGUCGUUUCAUGCCUACGCUUUUGGAUGAUGCCCUUGCAUCUCAUGAACCUCGGGAGCAGUCACAGGGAAGUGCUGUACGUAGCGAGGCCGAGUCAGAAGAUGCAGGCCGGCAGGGCGAGAAGGGCACGUCGGACUGA